GGCUCCUUGACUGUACCUACCGGUACCUGAGGCACCUAGCAGACAUUGGCGCGCAAAGCAAGAUCACCCGCCGGUUACUCCGACAUUUUACCCCACCACCGCCUCUUGUUAGGUCCGAUCCGCCCUCCUCGUCGCCUCGCACUCGGCGAGCGAAACCGCGCCCCAACUGAAAGUUAUCAAGGUGCCUGUUUGCCGCGAAACACCCCACCGUCAAAGAUCCGACAGCGACUGCAGUUCCCCACAAAAGCAAAGGGCUUAUUUGUGCGCAUUGCUAUCGACACAACUGAGGAAGCAACGACGGCCUGAUCCUCGACUUCACGACCGACCAACAUCCCCGCACUCAACAUGGCCGACGUUGACAUGACAGACGCGCCAGGUGGCGCAGGCCCUGUGGCCAAGAAGAAGGGCGGCGAUGGCGCCGCGGGCGAAGGAAAGAAGCGAUUCGAGGUCAAGAAGUGGAACGCCGUUGCGCUCUGGGCUUGGGACAUUGUCGUCGACAACUGCGCCAUCUGCAGGAAUCACAUCAUGGAUCUUUGUAUUGAAUGCCAGGCAAACCAAGCAUCCGCCACGAGCGAGGAGUGCACUGUUGCCUGGGGUAUCUGCAAUCACGCUUUCCACUUCCACUGCAUCUCAAGGUGGCUGAAGGCACGACAGGUCUGUCCCCUGGAUAACCGUGACUGGGAAUUCCAGAAAUAUGGUCGUUGAGAGGGGAUCAGGCGUAGCAGCAUUACACCCCGGCUUGUAGCCGGCCAUGGGUCCAACGGCACCGACAGCUUCGUUGAGCUUCCCGGGCAGGCAGGGAAACGCUCAACCUCUGGGAACACGAGGAUUACAGAGCAGAGGCGGAACCGAGAGAGAUGGACAGGCGUGGUGUUUGGGCGACAGGCUCACAUACACAUAAACAUUGCUAAACGAAAACAAGAAUACUCAGCGCUGCAUGUGGCAGCAAAAUAGAUAGUGAUCUUGGCAAGCGCCUGCUUGUCUUGAUUUCGUUUUGCGAUCUGCAAAGCCAACGUUCCAUCAAUAAUCAUGGACAUCCUGCAUUAUAACAGAUUCCUCCUCCAAAAUCCCAUGAUCAUCACCGCA